UUGAAAGGCGGAAAAAAAGAGUCAGCGGCGAGAGAGCGAAGGAAAACCACCCCGAUGGCGUGAGAUACCCCAAUACGCAAACUACGAAUACCUGUGGGGUAUAUUGGGGCAUGUAUAUUGAGGUAGCGCAGGCCAUCGGGGGCCAAAUUGAGUCAUUCUUGUUGUUGUGUAAUUACUAAUUACUUCCGGCACCCCCUACCCUUCCAAAGGGAGACAAGGAUUGCAAACGUAUCAGGAGCUUGGCGCGAGUCCUACAAUGGAUAGAAGAUCUGUGGAAAGGGAACAUCUCUGGCGGAAAGUGGUGGCUGCAUACAUCAACAUGCUCUCAGCCUACAGACCGGCAAGAUUCAGUCUAUGAUCUGUGGAAAGGGAACAUCUUCGGCGGAAAGUGGUGGCUGCAUACAUCAACAUGCUCUCAGCCUACAGAGCUGCAAGAUUCAGUCUACGAUCUGUGGAAAGGGAACAUCUCCGGGGUUGGAAAGUGGUGGCCGCAUACAUCAACAUGCUCUCAGCCUACAGAGCUGCAAGAUUCAGUCUACAAGCUGCUGAGUCUCGCUGUCCUUCUUAGAGGUUUCCAGACUUUUGCACAGAACCUGGUGCUCAUUGCGAAGCCCUGUGUUUGUUGCUGAAAGAGUACGCGUCACUCUUCAGCCAGUUGUCAUGGAGAUCGACCCAGGCCGACCAGGGACUGAGGGCGGUGCUGCCUGUUAUGGCCUUCCUGCGAUCUCACACUUGGUACCACUGGCAACUGAUACCCCAGCUUACCCAUUUGUUGUGAUGGCAUGUGAUGUCAAUGCAUUACCUAGUAGUCUGUGCUAACUUAUCCUAGCACAGUGUUCUUCCUCACUGGACGGUGUGCACAAUGGCCGGUCGCGAAUGUAUGUUUCAUAUGGUUGGCAGUCGUGAAUACAUGCAACAAUAGUUGUAUGAUGUUUCUGUAGUAACUAAACCAUAGCAGUCUUCGGCCCUCACUCCACUACUCUCCAAAUGCGCAAAUUGAGACUGAAUACUCCUCUAGAAUAUGGAAAGAUACGCCGCCGUAGGUUUUGUCUUUUGUGCAUGUGGGGAGUAAUGGAGCGACGCCCUUUGUGAUGUUUUGGAAAACCCCAGAGCGCGCCGGAGCACUGCUCUGUCAGCUGUAGUGUAAAGGCUGUUCACGCACACGUGUUAGCAACAUCCGCCCCUAUUAAUUGAGGCCCAUACGCCCUUGAUAAGGGCACCUGGCACGGCCAUCGUUCCCAACACGGGAAGACAGCAAUGGCUCACGUAACUACUAAAGCGCUUCCCAUUAUGAAAUGCCAUAAUAGGUUGAGUGAGUGCUUGGAUCAGUCUUCCGAUAGCCCACAGCAAUUGAGGUGUGGAAGUAGUUUUUUGACAUUGCCCUGCAGCUUUAAGCCGCGUGCCGAAAGACGACCAUCGUGCACGUUCACGGGGAAUCUAACUCACAGGUACGAACUAGCUACAGCUGAAGUUACCAAUCGUUGGACCGGCGGGAGUAAGCGGGGGAAGGGUCGGCAGACGACCAGCAAACAGGGAACAGCCAACACCCUCUCUUUGAUGAGAAGCGGUUCGAACCAUGCUUCUAGACGAUGCGGCGUGCUGCCACCACAUUCAUGGACACCAGUUCGCAAAAUCCGGUCGAGUGUCAGGAGAAAUCCAACAUGGAGUGGCCCUCGUAGGGAGACCGAACGUGUCGUUCUUUCAGAAAAUGCGCUCCUGCUGUCAUUGCUGUCACGCAACCCCCAUUUAGUGCGGACACAACGAACUCACCAUCAACCACAGCGCCUGCACAGUGCCUGCAUCAGGUGCUCACUUUCCACAUCAGCCUCGGCAUCCUCAAAGAUUGAGGUUGACCAUGUGUUCUCUCAUGGAGCAUUCGAGCAAUUCUUAUUCGUCCUGCAAUCAAGCGUAUGUGACGUCGCAGCAGCUGCGGAUGGCAGCGGAAGGCAGUUCUUAGUUGACGAAUGGCAGUCUAAGAAUGAGCAACGUAGCGGACAUGGAAUCACAAGGGUGCUUGAAGGUGGUGAUCUCCUGGAGAAGGCGGCUGCGAAUGUGUCUGUCAUACGCGGUGUUCUCUCGGGAGAGCGGGCGAAGGCGAUGAGCUCCCGAGGGCAGCAAGCACAAGCUGGACAGCCGUACUUUGCCGGAUCUCUCUCUCUGGUGUUCCAUUCCCGUCACCCGUUUGUCCCAACCUUUCGGUCGGACAUAAGAUACUUUGAGAUUGAAGGAUGUGAGGGAGAGGGGGGGGGCUGGUUUGGGGGAGGAGCUGACUUGACACCAAGUUACAUUUUUGAAGAUGAUGUGCGCGAGUUCCAUGGCUAUUACCGCAAACUGUGCGACAGGUAUGAACCGCAUCUCUAUCCGUCUUUCAAAUCUCUGUGUGACAAGUACUUCUAUCUGCCAGCACGACGAGAGCACCGUGGAGUGGGUGGGAUCUUCUUCGACGAUCUCAAAGGGAUCGAACAGUCAGCACACGGAAGCGUUGAACCCACUCCUGCGACUGGAAGUAAUAAUCGGGAAGGGGAUAAUGUAGGCGGUCUCGGUCGUAGGGACAAAGAUAGGGCCUUCACAGCAGCUUAUGCAUUCGUAAGGGAGGUCGGAGAAAGUUUCAUGCCAAGCUACCUGCCCUUAGCUCAGAGGAGAAGGAAGGAUGCGUAUGGGGAGAAGGAACGGCAAUGGCAGCUGAUUAGGAGGGGCAGGUACUUGGAAUUCAAUCUCUUGUAUGAUAGGGGUGUGAGGUUUGGAUUGGAUGGGGGCAGGAUUGAGUCAAUCAUGGUGUCCGCUCCACCAUUGAUUGCAUGGAGAUACAAUGUGGUCGCUGAGGAGGGGUCCCCGGAGGCAAGACUUGUCCAGGUUCUACGAAAUCCACAGGAGUGGGCAUAGUGCAAUACGCCGUAAUGCCACAUGGAACCCAACCUGCUCAUGGCACAUGGGAAUAAUAUAGACAAAUGUAUUUCUAGGAAUUAACUAUAAUAUAGACAACUGUCUUUCUAGCAAUAAACUAUCUGGUGAUCAGGGGGACCAGCAUCUUCCCAUGACAUAGGGAGCCUAUCUUUUCGCUCUGCCACAGCGCAGAGAACAUUUUAUGCCCUUGGCACCCUUGCUAAAUAAAACUUUGAUGUGUACCCCUCAAUUUGUGCCAAAUGGCAGUCAUAGGUUCCUGACCCUUUCUUCUUUUAUCAUUGGAGGACCUUUCGGGAAGGGGGAGGGGGGGAUGAACCUCAGGCUCUUGGCUAAUUUUAUAGUGUCAUAGGUGAUAGCAGUAGGACACUCCCUUACAUCUUUUGCCUUAGGGAAAUGUCUUGAUAUCCAGCCUAGGCAGAUUUAUGCCUUUACACACCGUCUAGAGUAUUUCUAGAGAAAAUUACUGAGCUCUCAUUUCUACAGCAUACGUGAU